AUGGCUGCAGAUAAUGGUUUGCUAUCACGUAGCGACACCAAGAACACUGUGCGUGACACUACACACACAAGCCAAAUCACAAUCUCCGACAAGAUGGGAUUGCUUGAAGACGCGCGAAGACUCGCCGACACCUACGGACCAGAGGCGGCGCGACAUGUAACAUCUGCUGCAGACAAGGCAUGGACACACGGUAGCGCUUUCGGCCAAGAGGUAGCAAAGCGUGCUGGCCCAGUCGCCUCAGACGCCAAAACCCAUCUAGAGAAGCUCAGUAAAGAGGCCGGCAAGCAUGCUGCGCCUAUCGCCAGCAGUGCCUCAAAGCAUGCUAUGGAACUCGCCCGAGCGGCCUACAACAGCGGCAAACAAGGUCUACAGUCCCUACCGCAACUCCCAGACGGAUACAUCAAGGAGGAUUACGACUGGAACUUCAUCGCACAGUUUGGGGAGGACAUGGCGAGGCAUCUUGGUACCACAACGGGCGACUUCUGGGAGAAGCUCAGCAGCGGCGACAUUCUCCAUGACAUUGGUCAGGCCGCUAUCCCGAACAUCGAAUUUACCAAGGAAGAUCUUUCGGAAUUCAGCGAGAGGCUCAAAGUAUGGAUUCUCGCCAAACCUAAACAGUUCUCCACCUUGUUGGCUUGCAUUGCCUCGGGCCCCAUCGCUCUUGCUGUCACACCAGCCAUGCUAGGCCUUAUCGGAUUCACACCCAUUGGUAUCGCUGCCGGUACGUAUCAACCACUCAUCGUAUCUCCGGUCUGA